AUGAAUUCACAAGGAUCAUCACCGAAAACUAAUAGAACAUCUCCAAGAAGAGUUUCUCCCAGUAAAAUUACUAAUGAUCAAGAAAUUGCGAAAAAAGCAUUAUAUUCUGCCUUAGUUUUAUUAGCAAAAGAACAAAUCAAAGAAAAAGAAGAAUCUCAGAAGCAGCCUUCAUCAGAUGACUUUUGGGAAAGAAUGCAGUCAAUCAUUUCAAAGCAUGAAGCUCAAAUGGAUCAAAUAACAGUAAAAGCGGUAAAUAUCAGAUCAAAGCUUAACAACAAGCGUCUUGAAGAAAGUAAAGCGCAUUCAGAAGUAAUGAGUAAAUCUAAAGCGCAAUAUCAAAAAAUUCUUGAGGAAUUAGAUCAACUUUCAAAUGAUCAGACCAAAUUCAAAAUAACAGAAUUUACUAACAAACAAAAAGAAUUACAACAAGACAUUAAUGAGAUAUCCUCUCAAAAUGUUCAAUUAACAGAAUCCGUUCAAAAAUUACAAACAGAAACAGAUGAUCUUAAGCAAAAACUAAGGGAACAGUCAUCAAAUCUUGAAGCGAGAUCAGCUAAAAUAAAAGCUAGACGUCAAGUUUCCACGGAAUCUGCAAAUAAAAUAGAUAUUCAAAUUAAUCAACUUACCAAUGAAAUACUUGCGGCCGAAAACGAGAUAGAAGAACUUAAAGAAAAGAGAGAAAUGGUUAAACAGCUAGUUGAUACCUUAGAAAUAUCUAAAUCCCAUUUUCAAUCCAUUUUCAUGCAAAAUGAAUAG